AUGCUCAGAGGAGGAAGCGGCUACCUCUGGACCCAGAAGGAUGGAGAUGGCGUCCUUAACUCCCGGAGGAAUGGGAGCAACUGCAGCCGGCUUGAAAGUGAUGUUUGAGGACGUGGCUGUAUAUUUCUCCCUGGCUGAGUGGGCGGAGCUAGCCAAAUGGCAGAAGGACCUCUACCGGGCUGUGAUGGUGGACAACUAUGAAGCUGUCACCUCUCUGGGGCACCUGUCCAUCAAACCGGAGCUCAUCUGCAAAAUAGAGCGCAAAGAGGAGCCCUGGAUGGAGGAAUCCCUGGAGACUCUCAAAUGGAAGAGACCCUGGUUGGUCCUCAGGAUGAGUAACAACAUGAAGCAGAAUUCUCAUCAGGAGGUUCCCACGGUGACAACACUGCAGAAUCCUGAGCCGGGAGAGACUUUCAAGACCUGCUUGCCUCGUAGAUCGGCAAGGCAAAUAAAAGUGGAGAGAUUCACUGAGUGCUGCCAAGGUUUUAAGACUUGGAAAGGACCCAGAGUCCAUCAGGACCAAGGUGGAGGUGGGAACGCACAUGCCGUCUGCGGGCAGAACAGCCGGAAGCAUCCGAGACACAAGGCAGACGAUAGGCAGAGCCUUUUGAAGUGCCCCGACUGCGGGAAAGGACUCUCCAAUCAAAACGCCUUCAAAAGGCACCAGAAAUUCCACACGGGUGAGAAGCCCUACCAAUGUCUAGAGUGUGGGAAAAGCUUCAUGGAGAGCAGCCACCUCACUCAGCACCAGAGGAUCCACACAGGGGAGAAACCCUACACGUGUUUGGACUGCGGGAAAAGGUUCACUCAGAUCUCGCACUUCAUUCACCACCGGAGGAGCCACACGGGAGAGAAGCCCUACGACUGCCCCGAGUGCGGGAAAAGCUUCAGCUUCAAGUCGGCUCUGAUUCGCCAUCACCGGAUUCACACGGGAGAGAAGCCGUACGAGUGCCCCGUGUGCAGGAAAAGAUUCAACGUCAGCUCUCACCUGGCUAGGCACCAGAGGAAGCACCUCAAAGAGGCAGCGCUCGAAGCCGUAGAAGGCUUAAGAGGAAACCCGGUCUUUCUCAGGUGCUGCAGAGAACCACGGCCGUACGACUGCAUGAACUGCGAGAAAGGUUUUUUCCGGAGCGGAGACCUCGUGAGACACCAGAGGAUCCACACGGGAGAGAGACCCUAUCUGUGUAGCAGAUGCGGGAAACGCUUCAGCUACAAAUCCAGCCACCUGAGGCACGAGGCAGGACACAUAUGAGGAGUUGCCCUGAAGUGAUAGAUUUACUGAAGUCGAGAGCAGCUCUCCUCCGGCUUUGGUGAUGGGAUUCCCAAGAAUGCGGCGUGCAGAGACUUUCCUGCAUACUAAUAACAAGCCAAGCAGCAAAGGAAUUCUGCAGUUUCAACAUUCUGCAAUCAGAAUAAAUUCUGCAACCAAAAAAUGUACAGUCUUUUUCCGAAAUGCACUUAAUUUGCACACCUUGCUCUUUCGGCACACGUUAGUUAUUG